AUGGCCGAACGGGAAGCUUCUCAGGCUUUGCGGAAUUGGAUAGCCUCGAUGGGGCAAGCUUUCCGGAGGCUUGAGCCUCCGUCUGCCGGAAGCAAGAAGCUUUCAAGUUCCAUCGUGUUCUUCGACUUUGAUCUGACACUAACCGUCGUCCACGUUUUCAAGUCUCUUGCUGGAUGGGUGGAUGCCCAAGUGUGCAUGCUGGCCAUGCGUGGCAUUGUCGUCUCGGAGCCACAUGCAUUGACCGAGCGGGGUCAGCUUCGUCGUUUGGCAGAGCUGGGCCCUGCGUGGAUUGUGCAGGCUUUUGGCGGAUUCAGCCGUGUAGCAGCGAUUCGCAAGAUGCUCGAUGGCCUUCUCUCCAGUGGCUGCAGAAUCAUCCUGGUAACGCGCGGAUACGUCGGCGUAGCGCGAAAGUGCCUGGCAGAAGUUGGCUUACUGGACUGCUUCGAAGCACUCUAUGGAAACAUCGGCGUAGCAUACGGUGCUCGAACAGCCUACGACCAAGAAACAGAGGCCAGUGGCAGUGGAGCCUCAGAGGAAGUCGACCGAUUGUGGAGCUUGUUGGGCAGAUGGCGGGAAGGUGAGUGGGAUUCCAAAACGGAAAUUGUCCAUCGCUACAAGCAUAUGCACAAUCUGACCGGUGAGCAGGUGCUGUUCGUGGAUGAUGAUGUCCAAGAGCUGACUCCGCUCCGACACUCAGCCUUGACGGUGCAUGCAAAGGGAAGGAGCGGUAUGGCAGCCUGUGACAUGCUGGAAGUGGCACAUCUUCUGGAUCUCGGCUCAACUUGCUGGGCACAGUCGUGCUACGAGUUCUGGCAAGCUUUGCGGGAUCCACUAGCCAGCAAGCCAUUCGCCAUCACAGUCUUCAAUCGUAAGCAUCUGCCUAUUCGCUUAUCACGGCACAUUCAAAUGCUGGAAGCCGAGUUUGCAGAGCGGAAGAGCUCGCUACGCCGUUUCACGCUGCUGAGGAGGGAGCCGCACCUUUUCUUGUCAAUUGCACAGGACGCUUAUGUGAAGCAGGUGAGUCUCACGGGCAAGACUCACGUCACAUCCUUUGCACCGUUGAUCCAGGGAAUGCGUGAGCAGCUCGGAGUGGGAUGCCCUCUUGAUGGAUCGUUCGGCGACUUAGAGAGAUUGACUUCUCCAUUUGGCCCCGGCGACGUCGAUGAGUCAAGUACGCUCGCUCAAGAUUCGGCUUUCGAGGCCGUCAGCGUAACUGGCAAUCAUCUGUACCAGGAACCUGCAAGCAAGCCUUUACCAGAGGAACCUGUGAAGACCCUAACGUCUCUGGUGCGCAUGUUCCAGCAGACGUUGCUUGGGCUUUGCCCCAUUACUCUGGCAACAGCUGGCAGGCAUAGGAAUACGAUAUGCUGCCACGAAGUCGAGGGGUUACCAGAGGAGGCUGUCUGGUGCAGAUACCCGAAGAUCAAGCACAUCGGGGCAGGGCACUUUGGCGAGGUCUUUCAGGCGAGAGAGCUCUCGAGCGGCCGCCAGGUUGCAGUAAAACACCUGGAGCGCUUGGAUCCGGAGGAGGAGGGGGCAGGAGAUGAGGUGAGCGUGCUCCGUGCGUUGGCUCACCCGAACCUGCUGCGUGUUUUUGAGGUCGUGAAGUUUCCGCGUGAGGUGCUCAUUGUCACGGAGCUGGCACCUGGUGGCACCCUGUCGACGUAUGCUGCGGAACGCGACGGCGGGCCAUGGAUUGCAGGAGCCAUGCAGCAGAUCGUGAGUGCUGUGGCCUACUGUCACCGGCAGUUUGUCCUGCACGGCGACCUGAAGCCCGAAAACGUCCUCAUCGGCGGUGUUCGACCUGACGGUUCGCCCUUCUGCAUAGUGUGCGACUUCGGGCAUACGACGGUCUGCAUAGGCUCUGCGCUCGUCGCAGCUCCGGGCGAUCCACGGUACAUUGCACCGGAGGUCAUUGCCAAAGAGAACCUCUCCUCCAAGAGCGAUGUCUACAUGUUGGGUGUCACAGCCUUUGAGCUACUCACCGGUUGGCUUCCGUUUUUCAACCUGCGGUCGACUUCACUGCCCAUGUGCUACCAGCAGCUUAGCCGCGGGGGUGUCCAAGAGCGCAUCCUGUCGGAGAAAGGUUUGGACUGGCGUGACCUCGAUAGAAUCAAGGCCGCAUGCCCGCUUCCUGUGCAGCAGGUCGUACUGGACAUGAUGGCAAGGCAUGCUCACCAGCGACCUGAAGCUAUCGAAGUUCUCAGAACAUCGUGGCUGCAAGAUGCGCAUGGUCCUUGCAAGAGCGCCUACGAUGCAAUGCUGAAGGCUGAUGCCAACAAUGGCUGGGGACUCUGGAUUCCUCAACACCCGCACUUUGAGCUGCGGCUGAAAGAGCGCGCCGGUCUGAGCUGGACUUAUCGGAUGCUUCUGAGUCUCCUCGGCUCCGGGCUUCGCUCCGAAGCGCUCCUGGGUGCAAGACUGCUCUUCAGACGCAUGGAUGAAGGAGGAAACGGGCAGUUGAACAAGAAGCAAUUCUGCAAGGCAGCCUUGGCUGCUGGAUUGAGUCUGGAAGUCGCAGAGUCCUUGUUUGCUGCGGGAGAUUUGCAUUCGCAGAGCUAUCUAGACUUCAAGAACGUGGUGAUGCUGUUCUUGGACCUUGACGCAUUUAGUACCGAGGAGAUGUUGGAUGAACUGCGCUUUUUGGUCACUCGGAUUCAUGGCCCUCACUGCCGAUCCAAACGUGACAGCGACAGCUCUUCCUACCACGGCUCUCGGGCUCGUGGGGAGGAGGAGGACAGCCUUGAGAACAACUCGGUAAUGUUCAAGUUGAGUGACUUGCAGAUGAUGCUCCAUGCGAGGCCUGAUGCCAGAAUGGAGCAAUGGGUGCAAAAUCUGCAAGCCGGACUGGGGCCAGGUGAUCACAGCUUCACUGCUGAGCUUCUUUACAAACUGCUUCAGACAGAUUGCUUCGAACAGAGAGGUGUGGAACCGUGCCCAUCUGCUUCAUGA